AUGGGAAACUCCCAAUCCCCUGCUUCCAAUCCCCGCUUCGCGGCGGCGAGCAGGGCUUUUACUCAUCAGGAGCUCGAAGAACUUAAUUCGCUCUUCACAUCCCUCGCCGCCCAAUCCCAGAGCAAUUCCAAGUACAUCUCUCCCUCUGUUUUUCAGGCUUAUUUUGGCAUCCGUGGACCUCUUGCCAAUCGGUUGUUUGAAUUGGUGAAUCAGAAGAGGAGCGAUGGCAUGAUCAUUUAUGAGGAUCUGGUUAUCUCCAAAGCUGUGUAUGAGAAAGGUACUCCGGAUGAGAUUGACGAGUUCAUUUACGAGUUAUGUGAUGUUAAUGGCGAUGGCCACUUGGAAAGGUGUGACCUUGAAGCUGUUUUGGAUUCAAUCAGUGAUGCUGUUUUCAAUCCAAAGAACACUCAAACAGCCUUGGGCUCAUCAAAGACUUCCAUGAAAGCAUUUGUAAGUUCUGCAGAAUUUUCACGGGAAGUUGAUGGAAAAGCUGGGAGUUUUAUGUCCUUUGUUGAUUUUAGAAACUGGUGUAACCAUAAACCAUCUGCUAGAAAGUACCUUGGAAAUUUGUUGAAGCCACCGGAUGCAGCUACGCCAGGCUUUCAAGUUCCACAUCUGCUUCAUCCAGAAAAUCUGAGUCCUGAAUCCCUGACUCUGCAGAAAGAAUUUGCCUGGCAUAUUGCUGGAGCUCUUUCUCAAUCAGAAGCAGUGCAGUGGAAGCUUGUUUAUCACAGCGCAAUCAACGGGUUCAGUUUUUCAACAUUUAUGGGCAGCGUUUCUGUAGGGGGGCCCACAGUUUUGGUUAUUAAGGAUACGGAAGGGCACAUAUAUGGAGGAUAUGCUUCCCAGCCUUGGGAGAGGCAUAGUGAUUUUUAUGGAGACAUGAAAUCAUUUCUGUUUCAGUUAUAUCCACAGGCAUCUAUAUUUCGAGCUUCUGGGCAAAACAAUAACUUGCAAUGGUGUGCUGCAAAUUUCAGCUCGGAUAGCAUCCCUAAUGGCAUUGGUUUCGGCGGGCGAGCGAAUCACUUCGGCCUCUUCCUUUCGGCAAACUUUGAUCGAGGGCACUCAUUUGCAUGCACGACUUUCAACAGUCCAUGCUUGUCGAAAACAAACCAAAUUCAACCAGACGUGAUCGAAUGCUGGGCUAUAAUGACAAAGGGAAUCGACCAUGACAAGAUUGAGCUUUCCAAAGGUACAAUUCUAGAGAGAUUCAAAGAAGACCGGAACAUGCUAAAGAUGGUUGGCUUGGCUAAUUCGAGCGAGUAGCUUCAUAGAAGAGCUCGCUUUUAAUCAGAAAGAAAGAAGUGUUGAAUUAGUCUCUUGGCUUUUCACUGGGGGUCAUUUUAAUCCAAUGAUUAUAUAAAAGUGUUAAUUUGUCAUAACACGGAAAAUCACUAAUUAGUUUUGCCCCUAUUUAAGAGUCUGGGGUUAAUAUGUUAUUUUAAUAAAUUCUGGGAUUAAAAUGACUAUCUAAAUGGUCAAGAGUCUAUUUUAACACUUUUACUAAGAAAAUGUGAUCAUUUUGCAAUCAUUCAGGUAUAUUAUGUAAAUGGUUAGAUCUUUUUGCUCGGUU